AGAAAUUCUCGAAUAUAGUUAGACAAACAUCCUAACUUCCAGACCAUCAUACUCAUUGUGGAGGCAAAAUUAACGAAUAUAUUCUGAAGGGGUUUUAAUAAUUACUGAAAACAACAGAAAGACACAGUUUGGGAGAAUUUAUCGAAGUUCAAAACUGAGGUCGAAUCCAAUCUUAAAGGACAUAUAUUUCACAUUCGAAAUAGCAUGGCAAAAAAUGAGCAUUAUUAGGGCAAGAACUGAGAGGAAGUGUUUUUCGGCUCUAGUGAUUAAAGCGCCCAUUGUUAGUCUUUUUCCGGUUUUUUUCAGUAAUUAUCAAUUCCCCCAAUUUUGUUUCUCCCCACAUACAUUUAAAGAUAUUGGUUCUAAUACUUGUUUAAUUGUGUAUUUAAAUAUAGCAUAACUGAGUUAUAGUUAGUUACAUGGUCUAGAAAAAUCAUGCUCUCACUGGUAAAGAAUGCUGUUACUUUGCAACGAGUUUGCUUCGGGCAUUUAAAUGCUAAAUUGAAACUGAAUAGCGUGAAUUUAUUAUCGACCAAUCAAAAAGCUGCACACCUCUCCACAACUGGUAUAAGGAACUCUGUUUGGGAAGAAGACUGGGCUGCUCCAGUGCCAGAUCGAGAAUUUUAUCGUCAACAUCCACCAGAGGAGGGAGAUGCGCUCUACAGAACGAAUGUUCGGGCAGCUCCAACGCGACAUUUUUACUCGUAUUUUUACGAUCCCGUGCUUCAGAAAUUUGAAAAAAUGAUUUUGAAAAAGGGACAGGGAUAUACAGCUUACCAAAUAUUAAGUAAUACUUUGCGAAAAAUAAAAUUGACGCAGGUGACAAAAUAUCACAGAGCGUCUGAAGAAGAAAAGUUGGAUAUUGAAACGGACCCCGUUGUUAUUUUUCAUCAAGCGAUUCAAAACGCCACUCCAGCGAUGAGUUUAAAACGAACUGUCAAGGGUGGGUCGGCAUUCCAGGUCCCCGUUCCCAUUUCAGAUGAUAAAAAGUUUUUUUUGACGUCAAGCUGGAUUUUAAAACAUUGUCGACAGCGCAGGCAAAGGACGCCAAUAUCAGAUCGCUUGGCUAAGGAAAUACUAGCCGCAUAUAACAAUGAAGGAGUCGCAGUAAAGAAAAAGCAAGACCUUCACAGACAAAUCCUUGCCAACAGGGCUUAUGUUCAUCUAAGAUGGAAAUGAAAUAAUGAAUCAAACAAUUGUUGAAUUAGGAUUUAUUAAUGCUGGGGUCUGGUCCAGGGGGGGGGCAAGGUUUUUGGACCAGGAGCCAUGCUAGACUGGAUGGCCAUGCUGUAUUACAAAAGGAAAAGUUGAAAACAAUAAGCCUCGUGCCAAAACUAAAUUUAAUCGCAAUCUCAAAUUCUUUGAGCUAUUUUUUAGCUAAAACAUCAAAAUUUAGUUUAGUUUGGUUGUUGGAGCAUCAGGUGGGCCGGAUUUGGCCCGUGGGCUGUAGUUUGCCCAUGCCAGGUCUAGGCCAUUGAUAUUUCACCAUUUGUAUGAAAUAUUCAGUUGAUUGGGGAUCUAUUUAAACCUCAUGAAUGCCUUUUUUUAUCAUUAUUGUAAACUCCUUGUCUGGGAAAAUCUUGACUUUUCGGACAAUAAGGAAGUCUGAAGCAAAACGUUUCAGCCACUUACUAUGAAUUAUUUAACAGUUUUUCGCUGAGAUAAAUUUACAAGCGUGUAAUGUGUGUCUUUUCUAGUAUAAACUCGUUUGGCGUGGGUCUUGAAACUAACUGUGUUCAAACUAUUAAAUGUUGACCCUUCCAAGUUUUGUUUGAUGUGUUCAGCCAGUACUCUCGUAGUAUGUGUACCAGGUUAGGGUUAGGCUUUAAUUUUAUUCCGAUUUGCCUCAUUUUAGUUCGGGGACUGUCUGUGUUAGCCAAGUGAAUAUCUCCCUGCUCAUAGGUUUCCGUCCCUUUACACAACUUGAUGUAAAGUAGGCGAACAAUAUUAGUAUUUCCAUAUUGGUACACACACUUCUGGAGCGUCGUUCAGCCAGCUGUGUGGAAUUUAUACCCCUUCUCUCCCAACAAUUACUGUUCACUAUUUCCAUUUUUUUUCGUAUUUCAAUUUUAGA